AUGCUCAGACUGAGUCCAUGCCCAAACCACGCCAUACUAUGCCAGUCCCAGCCACCCACACCACGCCAAGCCCCCACCCCAUAUCCAACGCUACCUACCCUCUCACCUCCCCCCUCCGCCCAUGAAUAUCUCAGAACAAAAGACACAAACACAACCGGAAGAAAAGGACAGUCCGUCGUACAAGCCGACACGUGCUACAAGAUACGUGUUUCGCUCAAGUUCAAGUGA